AUGCUUGUUGGAGCACUUGCCAAAAUUGUCUGUAUGCUUGAUGUUAAAGCUAAUCGUUCUAAACAAAGGAACAAGAAAAAAAAGCUUGCAAGAAUUGAUUUAGAGGCACUAAGUGAUGAUACGUGCAAGAAAGAGUUUAGAUUUACUCUAUCUGAAAUCAAGGCAAUGUGUGCUACAAUGAACCUGCCUUUAUAUUUAGAAUUUAAACAUAGCAAAAGUUACACUGUCCGUGUUGAAAGAGAAUUUGCUUUCGCUUUGGUUUUGUACUGGUAUACUUUCCCACAAAAAUACACUACAAUGAAAAGCGUAUGGGGCAUGUCUGCCAAGACACUGGGUUUAAUAGUGAACAAGUUCACAGAAUUGUUGCGAAAUAAAUUCAAAAAUGAACUCGAGUUUGACACUCGCCAGUUUUCUUCUGAAAACUGUAAGACCUUCCCAAAUGUUGUUGGCUUUGUGGAUGGCACUAUGCAAAAAGUUUCCCGUCCAAGUUCUUAUGAAGAUCAGAAACUGAUUUAUAACGGCUGGAAGCAUAUACAUUGCAUUAAGUAUCAGGCUAUUGCAACACCCAAUGGUAUUACUAGCAGCUUGGUUGGUCCGUUUAUUGGAUCCACUCAUGAUGCUAGAAUAUUUGACGAGUCAAAAACAUUAGAUUGUCUAAUUGUGCAUCUUGAUCAUAUUUCCAAGGAUGACAAUGUUCUAUUCAAAUAUGUAGUAUACAGAGAUAUGGCUUACCCUAAAUCAGAUAAAGUCUACAAACCUUUUCCUUUAAGUGAAGCCAACAAUGAUAAGCUGAAAAAAAUCAACAAGUCAAUAAGAAAAACCAGAAUUCAAGUCGAGAUAGAAUUUGGAAAGGUGUCGCAGUUAUUUAAAUUCUGCAAGUACAACUAUGGAAUAAAGAUAUUUGCAAACACAAAGCCAGCAACAAUAUACAUCCUGUCAAAUCUUUUCAAGAACUUCCAUAUGUGUAUUAAGGGCUCAGCAGGCUCUAAACUUUUUAAGCUUCAGCCGCCAAAUAUCCAUGAUUAUAUCAAAGGUCUUAUGCAUGAAUACCAACCAGAAGACACUAUUGAUAACUACAAAACUAUUUUGAACAAUGCAUCAAAUUUAGUAGAAACCGUCACUGUUCCUGAUAACUAA